AUUUCAUCUUCAAUUAUUUUAGGCUUUGGUUGCUAUAAAUGAAGUGUCGAAAGAAAUUCACCAAAACAAUCCUGACUUCUUUCAAAUAAAGCCGAUGGAGUUCGGCCGUUUCUUGGUUCUAUCGAUAGGAACUGGUUCGGUAAAAAUAGAGGACAAAUAUAGAGCUGAUGAGGCUGCAAAAUGGGGUCUGUUGGGAUGGUUGAAAAGUCACAACUCUGUUCCCUUGCUUGAUAUUUUUACUCAAGCUAGUAGUGACAUGACUGAUUUAUUUCUCUCUACUGUUUUUCAAGCUCUCAACUCCGACAAAAACUACCUUCGAAUCCAGGAUGACACAUUAAGUGAUAAAGAAUCUUCGGUGGAUAUUGCUACUAAAGAAAACCUAAACAACCUUGUGGGAAUUGGAGAAAAGCUGUUGAAGAAACCUGUUUCAAUGGUUAACUUAGAAACUGGUAUCUAUUCUCCUAAACAUGGAACUACGACAAAUGGAGAAGCUCUUACACGUUUUGCUGAAAUGCUUUCCCUGGAGAGAAAGACUCGUGAAAGUAGACCAACUAUAGAAGAGGCAAAGACUACCGUUACUGUAGAAGUUUCUAUUCCACGAGAUAAUAGAUAUAAUCUGGAAGUUGGUGCUCAUCAGGGCUCAAAAUCAUUCCCCCCCAGCUGUUAUAAUAAGAAUCAUCAUCAAUCACAGUCUCAACAAUCAUCAUCAUCAUCAUCAUCAUCAUCAGUUUCAAUGAGCGAGUUCAAUGUAAUGGUAGAAAAAAUGGUCACGCUUAUCAAGUCUUAUGAAGCAGACUUUAGGAAUGCGCCUCCUAAUAAUUCUCAAAGGCAUGCAACUAUCCAAGAACUGAUACAGAUUAUGCUUAGCACUAGGCUACCACAACCUCAGCCAUUGUCAUUUAGAGACUUUAUACAUGAUCAGGACAACGGCGAUCGAUGACAGUACUACCAACCUAAGAUAGCUAGAGUGUCGUAGUAAGAUAUAUUGUCUUUCAUAAUAUUUUAGAUAUAUAUAUAUCUAAAAUAAUCACUUAUUUCUAGUAUUUUCAUUUGACAAUAUUAGUAAAUAAGUAUGUGCUUUAAGGAUAUUAUUAUUUAUUUGUGAUAAAUAUUAUUUAGGAUGCGUUUGGAAAUAAAGUCACUCUGUAAUUGGAAUUGAGUGUAAUUCGGGGUAAUCGCUCAAUAUGACAUGUUUGUGGUCUCAA